GAAAACAAAUGACUGGGCACCCGUACAAUUGAACUUCCAACGCUAUAUUUCCUUCUUUCCAUUUCCAUUUCUUAUAUGCUGUUGCAUACAAUCGUUCUGGAGAUUCCAACCUUGACAUAUGCUUUAAUGUGGACUCUAGAGUAGGCUUGCGAUCGGCGAUCGUUCCCUCCCAAGCUUCAGAGACUUCAAAGACGUCAGACAUGAAUACGAUUGCUAUAUAAACCGUGCCUCCUUGCGCUAACCCUCGAAGACAUGAAUCGAUCCAGUCCACCCACACAAAAGCGCGUUCUUGUCGUUGGGGCUGGCGCUGCUGGAAUGUCCUGUGCGGACACCCUGGCUCAACAUCCCGAAAGAUUUUCCGUGACACUCGUAGAAGCUCAGAACUAUUGCGGUGGGCAAAUGUUCUCGAUACCUUUGGACAAGGAAAAGUAUGGAGCGGAAUGGUUGAACCAAGGGGUGCAAGGCGGUUCUCAUAUCUACCACCAUACGUUCUACAUGUUCGAGAAACUGGGUCAUCAAGCUCACCCUGUGGAUCUCCAGGUUUCGUUCGGGAAAGAAGAAACUUUCUGGACCAACGUCUUUCCAACUACUCUCGUCAAGCGACACGCGAACGAGAUCAACCGCUUUGCCUGGGCCAUUAAGGUUAUGCGGUGGCUAGAGUUUGUUUUCGCGAUUAUCCCAAUCAAGAUUAGCUUGAAGAUGUUUUUCUUUUCUGACGAAUUCAUCAACUGUAUGAUUUAUCCGAGUCUGGCCCUUUUUCUAGGUACCGGAAAUGCCACCCCAAAUCUUCCUACUGUUAUGAUGGAACGUUUAUAUACGUCCCAGACUUAUGGAAUGUGGUAUCCCGUUGACCCCGAUAUGCUCACUUCCAAUCUUCCUCCGAUGGUAGUUUUCCCCGAAGCUUCGCGCGUCUAUUCCGACUGGAAAACAUCGCUAGAGAAGAGAGGAGUUCAAAUCCGCCUUUCUACCGAAGUCACUCAGGUCAUAUCACGAUCGUCGAAAGGCGUCGAAGUUAAUAUCAAACAAGGUCUUACGGAGACUACAGAAGAGUAUGAUGAACUUGUUUUCUGUGUCUUAUCGGACACGGCGAAGAGAUUAUUGGGUAAAGAGGCCAGAUGGAUUGAGAAGAGGGUUUUGGGUGCGGUAAAAUGGAGCGAUGACAUUACCGUUACUCACAGUGACAUGAAUUACAUGAAAAAAUGGUAUGAGGUGGAGUUUAACAAAGAGCACACUGUUUCCAAUCUGGCUCAUGGGAGGAACGAAUUAAAGCGUGUCGAAGAGGCAAAGAAAACAUUCAAACCGAUGUACUAUAUCAAACAAACUCCUGCUGAUCCUCGGAAGCUCGAAAUGAGUUUCGACUGUUCUGCAUUCCAGUAUCAAUUGGACAAGAAUGCUCCACUUGAAAACCAUGUCUUUCAGGUGAAGCCGCCAGGAGGUAUCCAGCUGGUAUCCAUUCAGCUCAUGCCUCUCUUUCAAUUUUGUAGACCAUUUUUCUCAACAAGGAAGACGAGGAAACGUGGUCCAAACAUGAGAUUGCGCCCGACAAGAUUAUCAAAGAAAAUUGGUGGCACCAGCUUUGCCAUUCCUACACUCACUACCUAUUCGUCGCUCCUUUACUCUUUCUGUUGAACGGGAAACGUCGAACGACGUACGCAGGAUCCUGGACUCUAGUGAAUGCUCACGAACUAGCCGUCAUUUCAGGCGUCGCUGCCGCAUACUCCUUGGGAGCGGAAUACCCACUUCAGUUAAGAGAGGACAAAUUUGCCAAACUCUGUUUUAGGCUGUAUCUACUUCUGGUGCACUGGAAGUGGUUUGGUAAUUAGUAUCUUUUGCACAAGAAUCAGGCUGUAGUACUCGUAAUUAGUUACGGUAAGUUUUGUAAGUUUUAUCGUCCCAUAAUUGCCUCAAGUAGACUCAUCUGUGUCACCAUCAUGAUGUUGAUCAGGAGACGGGGACGGCGGUAAUUAAAAAAUUUGUGGUUGUGCCUUCAGAGUUGAUGGUAUGCAACCUUGACUC